GUCCACUCAGUCAAAAUCCUUACAAUCAAAGCAGAUUUUUGAUUAUAAAAAGCGGCGCACAGGGAGAGAGAAAGAAGGAAAGCAGAACAGCAAAAACAAUUGAAUUUCACAAACAUUUUAAAGUAACAAUGGUGAACAGAUUGACGAAGAUGCUCACUUGGUUAUGCCGUUUUCCUUAAUCAGUGGUUAAGCUGAACUCAACUCAUUUCCCUUUUUUCCAAAUUCUCUAGGGUUUUGAAAUUUUCAAGAAACCCUAACUAGUCUAAUAGCUUAAUUUUGUAAUUUUGGGGGGGUCCAAGAUUCACUGAGAUACAUACACACUUCCAAGAUUUGAACCCCCAAAGAGAAAUGGACAGAUCAAGAUCUAAGAGGUACUAUUAUGACCAAGAUUACGAUUCUGAGAACUUACCCAGGACUAAACAGAGAUAUGGUGGUGAUUACCCACGUGGUAAUCAUCAUUUUGCACCACCUACCCACCACCGCAGACCUGUCUCUGGUGGUGGUGGUGGUGGUGGCCGGAAAAUGCAAGACCCUUCACUGAUGGUUACUACUACUUACAGGAUUUUAUGUCAUGAUGUUAAGGCAGGUGGUGUUAUUGGGAAAUCAGGGAGUAUUAUUAAGGCGAUUAGGCAGCACACUGGGGCAUGGGUGAAUGUACAUGAAUUGAUUCCAGGGGAUGAUGAAAGGAUUAUUGAGAUUUCGGAUACGAGAAGGAGGGACCCUGAUGGUAGAAUGCCGGUGUUUUCGCCAGCUCAGGAGGCGUUGUUGUUGAUACAUGAGAGGAUUUUGGAUAGUGAAGCUGGUGGAGGAGGGUAUAGUAGUGGUGGGGUUGAAGUGGAAGAGGAGUUUAGGAUGAGGGGUGUUAGUGGGAAUAAUCGAGCUGUGACGAGGUUGGUUGUGACUAGAAUGCAUGUGGGAUGCUUGUUAGGGAAAGGUGGGAAAAUUAUUGAGCAAAUGAGGAUGGAGACUAAGACACAUAUUAGAAUUUUGCCCAGAGAUCACAGUUUGCCCCGUUGCGUUUCAAUGUCAGAGGAGAUUGUUCAGGUUGUUGGGGAAAUGAAUGCGGUGAAAAAGGCUGUAGAAAUUAUUUCCUCACGCUUGAGGGAGAGCCAGCAUCGUGAUCGUGGUCACUUUCCUGGCCGGCAACAUUCUCCUGAGCGGUUUGUCCCUCCUGAUGAUGAAUUUAUUCCUCACAUGAACAAUCGCAGGAUGUCUGAAAAUGGGUCUACUUUUGGAUCAAGGCUGCCUGCUUCUAUGAGCAGUGGUCGAAGCAACAACUUUUCCUCAUCCUCGUCUGGAUAUGCUGUUGAAUCUGGAAUCAGUCCCGGCAAUGAGAAUGGACAGGUCAUGUAUGUUGAAGAUCUUGUGUUCCGAAUUCUAUGCCCAGUUGACAAGGUUGAUACUGUUGCUGGGGAAUCAGAUGGAAUUAUAGAGUUGCUUCAGAACGAAAUUGGUGUGGAUGUCAAGAUUUUGAAUCCCGUUGCCAGCUCAGAUGAACAGGUCAUAAUCAUUACGUCUGAUGAGGGUCCAGAUGAUGAGCUGUUUCCUGCUCAGGAAGCUCUUUUGCAUAUCCAAACCCGCAUUGUUGAUCUUGCUCCGGAUAAGGAAAAUGUUAUUACAACUCGUUUAGUUGUGCAAACAGAUGAAGUUGAAUGUUUGGGAGGAAGAGAUGGACCAUUAUCUGAGAUGCAGAAAAUAACUGGUGCUACUGUCAAGAUUGUACCAAAGGAAGAACUUCCACCAUGUGUGUCAGGGACCGAUGAAAUUAUACAGAUUGUUGGAGAGAUCACGGCAGCUAGAGAAGCUCUUGUUGAAGUGACAUCGAGGCUUCGGAGUUAUGCUUAUCGGGAGUUCUUUCAAAAGGAUAUACCCUCACCAGCAAUACCUGCCUCAAGCCCAGCUAGGAAUACUAUUGGAGCAGACAAAAAUCCCUUCAACAACACAUCUCCAUCUCAACAAAACUACAGUGUGAACGAUGUUCCAACUUCAAUCUAUCAAAAUGCACCAGCCAAACCAAUGGCACAACCAGUAAAAGAAACUGGGGCGUCUGCCAGUGAAAUAACCAAGCAAAAUGAAAGUGAGCGUCGUGAAGAUAUUCCGAGCGGAUUGAAUAGAACGCAUGUAACAUUGGUCACUAGAAGUAUAUUGGAAGUUGUCAUCCCUCCACAUGCAGCGCCCAAACUGAUAACAAAAUCAAGAAAUAAGCUUGCUCAGAUUAGUGAGUUGUCAGGAGCAAAUGUUAAAUUGGUUGAAGAUAGACCCGAGGUAACAGAGAAGAUCAUACAAAUAUCAGGCACACCGGAGCAAGCAGAGAGAGCUCAAAGCCUGCUUCAAGGGUUUAUUUUAAGCACCCUAGAAGAUGAAAUGCCAUGACAAGUUUGUGUGGCAAGUAAUGCUCAAAGUGUGGAGGUGCCUUGAAAGUUUUCCUCUGUAGAUCGACUUCCCUGAAAUUGUCCGUUGUAAUAGGGUAUUCUAGGCCAUCGCGAGGCACUGGCAAGUAAGAAUGUACAAUAUAAAAACUCGGUGCUGAUGUAAUUUGUAAUGUUUAAUCCCUCAUAUUGUUGGGUUGUAUUUUGGAAUGUACUAUCAACUCCUGCACUGUACAGGAAUGUAAUGUUGUUAAGUUUUUUGUGCAAACUCAGGCUGGUGCUUAUUUUUCCAGCAAAAAGGCAAUGUCUUUUUCUUGUU